AUGGCGGAAAUACCACGUGAAGUGCUACGUUGGCUACUAACAUUAGAUAUUAAUCUGGAACACAGAAACCUAAAAUGGUGUGUUUCGAAUGGUAUUCUAGUGGCUGAAAUUUUGCACAAUUACCAACCAAAAACGGUGAAUCUUGGGAAAUUUAUUGAUGGACAGAGUAUAAAAGUCAAGCUACAUAACUGGAACAUGAUUCAAGAGAUACUACAACGUUUGUGCAUCUAUCUGCCACCAGAUAUUAUUGAAUGUGCCGCCCAUAACAAAAGAAAUGCAGGAAUUAUUCUUUUGACCACUCUUCACGAAAUAUUUUCAAAGAAGAAAGUGAAGGAGGGCCUAGCAAACUUCGAUCCCACAGAUCUAGAAUACCAAUUUUCCUUGCCAAUCUAUGCUAGAUCAUGUCUAGCGAAGUUCAUUAAAGAUAACCUAACUUCUUCAGAAAUGGAGACUACACCAGAUCUGUUUACUAAUCAAAAAAAAGUUCAACUGUUAGCUCUGGCCUACAAGAAUAUGAAAAUUACUGAGAGAAUGGAGGAACCAUGGAGAUUUAAAGUAUCACGGUCAUUAGCGUCACAAUGUCAACGUUCUGAUUCGUCAAAAUCAAACAAAAAGUCACGUGCUGAAGGUGCAGGCACUAUGAUAUGCAGUGAGCCAAUUGAUGAAAUGUUAGAAGUUAAUCCUUUUUGACGUUUGCUCUUUGAAAGACGUUGAUGGUGAUGAAGUGCUUACUGAGGAGUCAAAUUAAUCUCACUUUGUGAAACAGAGAACAUAAACCCAAAUCGAUGUUUUUCUAAAUGAAUAACGGGUAAAGGAACAGACACGAUUCGCUUUGUUACCAACUAGUGCUUUUUAUCUUUUCUACACACAGCUGCACCGGCGUUUUUGAAUAGUUGAACAAUUGACUAAAGCCUUCUCUGACGUUGUCUUAGUUUAGUAAGAAGACUUAUACCUGAGUUGCCAUAUUUUCUGAAUUGAUAUAAACUAUGGAUAUUUCCCAUCAAAGUUACUAACAUUUUUAUCCACUUGGUUAUGGGUUGUUGUUAAAUAAAUCAGAACAGUGGGCUAGAAUUCGGAAUAGAUACGAACA